AAUUAAAAGAAGAUUGUAUAUUACACAAAGUGAUGUACUAAUUUUUUCGGACCAUUUUAUAAUGAAAUUGAAUGUAGACUUAAUUAUCUGUGGUUUUUAUUUUUUAAAUACUUUACUAGGUAACUAGGAUUAACGAUACGAAUUAAAGAUGAUUUGUCCAGAUUUUUUAGAAUUUCAGGAUGUCUUGAAAAAGAUGCGAGUGGUGGAUGAUAAAAUAGUUUAUACAUUAAAUACAUCAAUACCAACUGAAUCAUUCAAAACUAAAGUGGAUGCAUCAUCGGUUUGCCAUAAUUUAUUUGAUCAGAUACAGAAAAGCCACAGUGAAAGAGAAAUUGUUAUAAAAAACUGCAUCGUUGCAACGGCUGAAACUGUUAAGAAAUUAAAGAGUGCAAAGGAAAGUUCACCUGAUGACAUAGAUGUUAUUAAAAAUCUUAAAGCUGAACAAAGAAAGUUACGUCUCUUGCAAACUGAAUUAAGUGUGGAGGAAGUAAUCAAAGAAAAGACUACAAAGCUAUUUACUGAGAAAUGUAGAAGUUACUACAAACCAAAUACUUUAUGAAGACUGAUAAUCAUGCAUUUAAAUGAUGGGCUUUGUGUAAAUAGCUAUAUAAAUAGAUUUUGAAACAAU